GUCACCAGUUGCAAGCACAUAUACAAUUCACGAUGCGAUUACGUUUUUCGCGUUUCAACACUUGAAUCAAAAUGAAGUUGAAAUAUACUCCGGUCGAGGGAAUUUGCCGCCGGCGGGCAAUUUAUUGUGUUUCAAUUCUACUAAGUCGAGGCAUGAUCACAACCUCUUAUCGCCGAAUACCAUGUUAUUCGAGUCGUGGAAUUCAGUUGUUCACCUGCGGCAGUGAAUCAGUUCGAUCUGAAUUGUCUGGAGAGAACGCAUACGACAUUUUAGGAGUUUCAGAGACCAGCUCCAGCGAUGAAAUCAAAGCUUCUUUUCGCAAAUUGGCGAAGGAAACUCACCCGGACCUCGCUGAGUCAAGAAACGACUCCGCUGCUUCACGGCGUUUUGUGCAAAUCCUUGCGGCGUAURAGAUCCUUUCUGAUUCAGAGAAGAGGGCACAUUACGACAGUUUUCUUAUAGCUCAGAGAAAGUUAAUUAAAAAACAUGGCAGCUAUGGCUCAAUGCCAUAUGUAUAUAAAUCUGAUCAGAUGACCUUCAAGCAGAUGGAAGUUGUUGAAUGGUUGAAGUCCUAUAGAUUUUUUAUUAAUGAAAUUUUAUCAGAAAGGAAAGUUGUCGUUGGUACAGACUAUUUUGAUGUGCUUGAGAGGGAUUUCUACUCAGCCAUGCAUAUUGCUUUCUAUGGUCCUACCAUCGAGUCUCUGGAACUUCUUCCCAACUGUUUUGAAGCUGAGGAGAGGUCAACUUAUGAAACUCCUGAGAUAUUGCACUUGGUUUCAGGGCGUGAUCUUUUUGGGAAAGUCUGUUUUGCUGAUAAGGUCCCUACAUUGCCUUCUGCCACCAGCGGAAAGUCUAUUUCUUCAACUUCUCUGUAUCUAGACAUUACUCAAACCAUUGAAAAUGCAAGUAGCUGCAUUAAAUUGAUUAAAGAGGAAGAAUUUGAACUUCCUCAGGAAUCAGACACAUAUAAAGAUUUAGAAUUGCAUAUUUGUGGAAAGGUAAUAGCUACGGCUUUUAGAGUUCCUCCAAAGUUUCAUUGUGAGAGCAGGGAGGAUAAAGAUAAUCAAGAUCAAAUUCAUAUUUUUCUUAGUUCCAAUGAUGUACCCAUGCAUACAAGUGAUGGAUGUUCUACAGAUUUCUCUUCGAGGGGUAUUUUAGAAUCAAGGAUUCCAUUGGGUACUAUUACUGGUCUAGGUACAUCUGAAGAAGAAGGAUCCUGCUCCGUCUACAAUAGAUGUGGCACACAAACGCACGUGAUAAUGAAACAUAGAACGUUGAUGGUAAAACACAUGCACUGGUACAGUGCAGGAGAAAAAGUUUCUGUCUGUGAGUGUAGAUGCAGUCGAGCACGCUUACCACCAAGCAAGCUUUGGCUGUUUGAACCUCGCUGUGGCAUGCAUGACAUAGGGGGCUGGUAUGUUGAAACAUUUGGUAAAAAUAAGAAAGGCCGAACAAUCCCAUCACAGAGGUUUUGGGAUGGCUUUGAUGCUUUAGAACACUGUCAAGAGCGACUUCAUCCUGCAAUGUAUCUAAUUGCACUUGCAUACAGAACUCUUGAUAUCGAGGAUGCAAGGACGAGGAAACAAAGAAUGAGGGAUACUUUCAAGGGCCAACUUUUUAGGAUUCUCAAUUGGUCCAAGAAACUUAUUUAGGAAGAACCUCGAUCUUUUCGUUGUCGUUGUCGAUGAUGCUUCAAUUAUUAGGCUUGAUAAAAGCGCUACAAUAAUUAAGGUCAGUUCUUCAAUUUGGCCUGUUGUGAAUAAACCAAGCACAGCGAAAGAUCGAUAUGUGAGUAAAAUCAUCCCCAUAAUAGUAUUAUGGUAUGGUUGAAAACGACAGUUUGGAAGUAUUUUAAUUUUUAAGCAUAGCCAAACAUCAUGUACAAUUUUGGAAGUACCUUUAAUUAUUCAACAGGGCUUUUAGCAUAUUGAUAAA